GAACUGUCCAACUCCUCGAAAACGAUGGGUGCCUUUGACCCCGCUACCCUAACUAUGGCGCCUCGAAGGCCUGAAGGGACGUCCCCUCCGGAUUUCCUCACUGUCCAAGAGAGGACGAUGUCCGACCUUCACAGAAUCGAUUCGAACCGCGUCCCUUCUCCCAUGUCGUCUCCUACAUUCCAGCUGCUCUACCCAAGAACAGGAAAGACACGGGUGAUCAGCCACGGAUUUACUGCCUUUACACUCGAGCGCCCAAUCCCUGGAGCAUACAUGCGGGGCUGCAUCAACCUGUCCCGAUUGGCGGUGUGCUGGAGCGACUAACAACCUAUCCUGCUGUCCUGUGCUUGCAGGUGAUUUCGGCUCUUAUUACAAGGACUUCGCCAAAUGCAUCCCUAAUCACCCACGCACUUCUGCAUCUUCCAUCCAAUCCAACAUAGCUGGCGAUAUACGUCCGGCAUCACAUUAUCUCGCUUCGUCGUCCGAACGACAUACGGACAAAGGUGCACCGACAUUUUUUCCGUCGCGACCCGCUUUGUCGGCACUUUCUCGAGUCGUUGCCUCCCAGGAUGCCUGACGACCACAUUCAAAUUGCUGGAUAUACUCCCGCCCAUCUCCUUGUCUAUCCACUGCAAGAUCCCGGGCCAGCCUACCGAGGGCCACAAAAAUUCGACAUUCAGAGGUGCCAUGGUGGUGCAACACUCAUUGCAGAUCUUUUGCACGCCUCCGCCAGCGAACACCAUCACCAAGUGCACGGACCGCCUCUAGACGCCCUUAAAGGCGGUCUUCUCGAGCCUUCGGCUUCUGAUAUCACGGAACUGGAAGUCUUUGGUGAAGCGGACAAUCUGCAAACGAGUUAUAAAGUAAAGCAUAGCCGGCCGCUCGAUAGGUGUCCCACAUGGUAUCCUCCUCGAGGCUCUCUCAAGGGAGCUGACCGAGUUAGCCUUCUAAUCUUUCAAGAUGUUGAAUCUGGCUACAGUGAACAUGAUGGUUUCAGUAACCCUGAUGAUGCAGUGGCAUUCUUUCGCAAGAGUCGUCCGGGAACACUCAUCUACCACAUGGCUCGUCCUCUCGGGACUGGGGAGAUUUGGGAUGCUGUUCGCCGUGGACCCUAUACAGCAGGUGGCCUCCAAGACCCUCAAAAGCUCAUUGUGGUCGUCAGCGCAGACGAUCUUCGCGCUGAAGGCAUCGAAUUGUACCACGGCCUUUCAUGGGAAAAGACGUGUGAGGAUUUCGUCGAAAAGCUCGGCUCCAAUGGCCAACUUGACACCUUGGCUACUUGCGCCAAUCUCUUGGUCCUUUUCGGAUGUGACGGAGUUAUCUAUCACCGCGGCCGGGAAAUGAACGAACCGACUCUGUUCUUUGAUCCUCUGGGAGUGGAGGGCAGGUUCUACAGGGUACAUGUCGGACCUGUUCCAGGAGUCGUGGAGGCUUUUAUUGGAGGUCUAGCUACCAAGUUAGCGUGUAGGGAAUCCCUUAACGAGGCUAUCAAGUUCGGCUUUAUCACUGCAAGGCGCCUGGCAAAGCUAGGAUUCACAGCCAGCAAGGUUCCCGGAUGGCCUAGAUACCCGAUUUCGAGCAUCAUAAACAAAAACACACUCACCGAGGAAACCCCAACCACACUUGAAAUUCCAUCUGAAAGCAUUUCGCGUGGUGACAAUCGGCGUUGGUCUAUUCUACAUCACAAUAUUGGAGAUCCUGUUCAAGUGGCGUGCCAUAUAGUCACGAAGGGAAUAUACUCUGCUGCAAAUUGGAUCCCUAUCGCCAGAUUUGGUCGUCUACAUGUCCUCGACAGGUGGGAAAAUGAAGGAUUCCGAAAUAUAUUCAAUGCCAUAUACGAAUACUUAUCAGCUCCUCAGAUCAAACCAAUCAACAUCGGCAUCUUCGGGUCUAGAGGCUCUGGAAAGUCCUUCGCCACCGGCCAGGUUGCAGAAUCUGCAGCAUUAGCUGCGCGAAGCGGCCGCAAGAUUCAACACCUGCGUUUCAACCUCUCUCAAUUCACGACUCCCGAAGACCUCUCUGUUGCUUUCAACAAAGUGCGAGAGUGCAACCUUUCAGGAACUCUGCCUUUGGUCUAUAUCAAUGGUUUCGAUGCAGAUCUCGCGGGGCGUCCCCUCGGGUGGCUAGCGCAUCUACUCGCCCCCAUGCAUGGCGGUCAGGUCCUAGACCGUGGCGAAAUGCAACGUCUCGGCCCUGCGAUCAUUCUUCUAGGGUCUGGCUUUACGACAUCUUUGAAAAACUUUGAGGAUUUCUCUAUCAUCUCCCAGAAAGGUCGGCAAGAUGAGGACAAUAGUGACUAUGAGAACAAUGUUGAAGACGAGAAGCUUCUGUCGACAGCGCAAGCAUUCCUCAGUUGCUUGCAUGCCUAUGUCGACGUGGUUGGCCUUGAUCAAGUCAAUCCAUCCGACAUGUUGUAUCCAGUGCGACGGGCGGUGGUUCUUCGGGCAUUGCUGGAAGAAAGAGAACCGAAAUUGAAGAUGGGUGAAGGUGUAUCCAUCGAUCAGAGUGUCCUAGAUGGGCUUCUCCUAAUACCAACCUACCGACAUGGACUUCGGUCUUUGAAGUCUAUAAUUGCUCUGAGUAAAGUCACCGGAAAGCGACAUUUCGAACGAGCAGCACUGCCACCGGAAGCGCAAUUAUGCUUGCACCUCGAUUAUCCAACAUUCAUGGAGUGUUCACGAUACAACAGGAUGCCGGAUGAGCUCACGGAGUUCAUUUCGGAGAAACUUCACAAUGUCUACAUGGACAUAAAGAGAAGGAUGGCUGCGACGGAUGAAGAGAAGCAGGCUCUAGAAAGGGACCCUUCAUUGGUUCCAUGGCCGUCACUGUCCGAAGAACUCAAAGAGUCGACCCGAGCUCAUACUCUCGACAUACCUCGGAAGCUCCGCAUGAUAUCUUGUUUUCUGGCAGAAAUGGAUGGCCUCCGUGAAGCCGUUGAAAGCUUCAGUGACAAGGAGCUAAGACUCUUAGCCGAGCGAGAGCACGAGCGAUGGAACGCCGAACGCUUACAGAACCAGUGGCAUCAGGGACAACGAAAUUCGAAGGAUCGGACAAGCCCUUUUCUUAUUCCCUGGAGAGAUCUUGAACAAAAGUGGCGGAAUGUCGAUUACGACAUGGUGAAGUCUUAUCCCACAAUCUUGCCGCACAACUACAAAAUCUACCGCAUUGGGAAGGUCGAAAAGACGAAGCUCUUCGAGCCGACCAGGGUAUUGAAUCGCGCAACGAUGUGAUGUGCUUCAUUCCUGCUGAAGCCAUGGGCUAAUCCUCUCGCUUCCAAUCCAGAGUGUUGGCGGUCUCGAUAUCUUUGCGCCCUUUCUUACCAUACGUCCUUUGGGUCCAU